UUCACUUAAGACCUCCUAGAAGUCCACCAAAGGCUGUAUGACUUAAGCUAAAGAGGACGGGGUGUUUGGUCUGGCGUUGACCAUGAAGCCCUCUGCAGACGUGCUCGAACUCAUCGCCUGUGCUGUUCUGGUCCUGGUGAGCUGUGUGGGAAACACGUGUUUGUUUUACACCACCAGGAAGUGCAUCACUGGACGUGUACAGACAUCCUUUCUUCUCAUUUUCAGUCUUGCAUCCGUCCACCUUAUUAAAAACUUGGUGGUGAAUGUCAUAAAGAUUGUUUACUCUUCUGGGAUUGUGCCGGAUUCAGCUGGCUGCAAGGUUCUGCACUUCACAGCGGCCCUGACAACCUCUCUGGCCAUCUGGUUCAUGUUACACUUGGCGCUGCUGUACCACCGGAAGCUUUACCAAAUCGUCCACCCCUUGAGAGAGGCUGCAAGCCUGGAGCAGCAGCAGCGUUCCGUGAGGCUGGUGUCUGCACUUUGGGUGGCUGGUGUGGCUGUGUACACCCCACUGGCAGUUUACACCAGAAAGGCAGAGAACCCGAGCGCAGGAAAUGGUACAGACCCCUUGUCCACCAACAGGAUGUACGUGGAUUGCCUGAUAGACUUUGGAAAUGAGCAGGUAGAGCUUUACUAUGGGAAAAUAUUUUUAGUUCUGAUUGAUGUUCUGCCUUUAGCCUUCUUAGUCUUCGUCUGUUUCUGGAUGUCUUUCCUCCUUUCCAAGAGAAAGAAGAUGACAUAUGGUGACAUCUGGAUCGGAGAUGAUGAUUCAGAAGUUGAAAUCCUUAGAGGAGCCAAGUUUAGUAUUUUAUUAAUGUUGCUGAUCACUCCACUUUGGAUUUCGCACUUUAUCUUAGUCUGUUUCUUGAAAGACUUGGCCGCGUGUGUCUUGAUUCCAGCUGUUCUCUCGGCUCUCUCUUCAGGCUUCUCUGCUCUCAGUCCCUUCCUGCUUAUGCUGGUUAAUUACAAAAUGAAGUUGGUGUCCUUCUGCGGUGCCAAAGAGGUAAAGCCCACCCCACCGCCUGCAAAUGUUGUUCUUUCUCCAUAUGCUUGAUGGCGGAGAGCUGCUUGUUAAUCACUGGCAAACGGGCCUCGUCUUGGGAGGGUGCAGCUAGGUUUUUGUGACCCUCAUCAACAGACCGUUUCUGAAAGGGCCUCUAGAAAAUUGACUCCUCUCCAAAAACAGACUGCAGAGGGAAACCGUGCACGGAAAAGAUAUAUGAACACUAAGUUCUUGGAAGUGGAAGAAAAAUAGCCAUCGUGACCUGUGUGAUUUAGGACGAUGCCAAGAUUUGUUAGUGUAGCCAGUCGCAAGCGGCUCAGCAGUGAUCGCAGCCUGGAAAUGAACUGAGCAUAAACAAGAUAUUAGGUAUUUACUCUGUGCAAGGCUCAAAAACGAGCGGGUCUGAGGAUAACGUUUCCUAGCUGAAUCCCUGAAGGUACUCACGGAACCGUCGUCCCUCACGUUUCUCUUGAAAUGCUCCCACCCUUGUUGGAAGCGUGUUGGGUGGAUGUGCAGUGUCCCGUUUUGCACCUUGCAUGAUAGUAUCUCCUCCUCUAAACUGGAAGCGUAUUAUUUGUGUCCCCUUUACCUUCAGCGUCUUUAGUAAGUUGGGAUUAGGGAGAAGCACUGGAUCAGUGAGUUAGUACUUGCUAAGUCAUACUGUGCAUGUGUGUAUAGUUGUGCAAAUAUUGGUUGCUACAGACAUUUAGCCUCUAUCCUUGUUUGUUCCUCUAACUAUAUUUCAAACCAUAGUAUUUUUAAAAAGUACACUCAUUUUUGGUCGUUAACUUGGUACAUUUACAUAUCAGAAGAAUUUAUAAAAUCCUCAUAAUUGAUUUCUGGGUUUGGAUUCAAUAAAAAUAUCCAGAUUAUAAUUCUAAUUAAAAAUACAUGGCCAAGUUUUGAUGUUUCAUUGUUAGCCAAUACAGCCAUUUGGAGUGCUUCAGAUGCAAUGAGUAAUUAUUGUAAAUGUUGAUGCAUAUAUUUGUGUAAGCAUUGAAUUUCCAGCUUAUUCUUAUUAGAGACUUUCCCCCCAUUUUCCUUCUGUUUUAACAGAGCCAGGAUUUAUUUUACUGUAGUUCUGGUGAAUGGAUGCCCACCAGUUGUGAUUUCUGCUCUAAAAAGGCUGCACUCAGCAUUAUAAAUCUGGACCUCAUUAGUGGAGGGGACUUAAGACAUUUGUGUUGCCGUUAGGGGCUACAGAGAAAGAAAAUUGUAAAGUAACCAAGGCCCCAGUUCUGUAGGCUUGCAUGGGCCAUUGUCUGUCCCAUGGACAGCGCAGGGAAUCCAGAAAGUACACAGAGAUGGACUUGCAGCCUUCUGAGAUUUCUGGGUGGUCUUCAUGGGAAAUGCUUGGCCGAGUCCACGGAGGUAGUUUAAUCAGAAGGGCACUAGGCAUGGAUCCUGUGUAAUGAAGCUAACAUCUGGGGAGAUGGAGGAUGUGGGGAAGAGGCCACCAUGUUUUAAUUAGGUGCAGAUGUAGUCAGAGCUGGGAACAGCCACUGAUCUUAGGUAGUGGUUCUGUAACAUGGUUUCUGAGACCAGCACAAUCAGUGUCACCUUGAAACCUUGUUAGAAAUACAAAUUCUUGGGACCCAUGCCAGGCUGUUCGGUCAAAAACUCUGGGAGUUGAACCCAGCAAUCUACUUAGUAAGCCUUCUGCAUAAUUCCCAUGCAUGCUAAAGUUUGGAAACCCUAGUCUAGGGUUGCUCCAAAGCUUAAUCCUCACACACGCCUGCCAUGACACCCAGAUCUCUGGCUCAGGACGUGGUCUUCAGCACUCCCCAGGCGUCCUGCUGUCAUGUCUGCUCCUCUCUAAAAUGGCAGUCGGGAUUCUCAUCUGUGUUCCACACGUCCUCAACACUAGCUGCUAAACAGAUCCAUCACAGAAGUUAAGCAGUCUUUGCAAAGUCAAGCAUACGCCAUCGCCGCUCCAGGUGCUCCCUCGGUCUGGAACUUGGGUUAGGUUUGGGUAGUUUCCUGUACAUGACAGAGUGCAAGUCCAGUUCCCAGAUUAUUCCACAGCUCCUUUCCAGAAGCCAGUGAGAGACACAGUUGGCUUAAGCUCAUGCUGAACUUCCCAGGACUAGAAAUGUUUCCUUUUUCUUCCCCGAUACUUUGUUUUAUUUGUUUGGACCUCAUUAGGUCAUAGUUUUGUCCUUGUGGAAUUGAUAGAUUUUAAUCUGCAGCAGAGAAUAAAUCAUAUGCUUGCUGAAUGAACAAGAGUCCUGUUCUCUCUUUAAACUUAUUUCCAGUCUGACUCCCUUGUUCGCUUUUCUCUCCCUUAGCUGCCAUAUUUCAUCCGCGUUGUUGGCGGGAGCAGGGGAGGAGGUGAAAGAGAAUAAAGCAGGUUCAGCAAAAAUGGCCCGGUAGCGCCCCACAGGGGGACCCAGGUGGGACUGGGCUGUCGGAGGCCCUGCGCUGGUUUCAGGGGUGUUCCCCAAGGUCCCGCCUCAGCCCACACAGGGUCCCUAAGUUAGGUCCUCUGUCCCCUCCCAGUGCAGGAUUCUGACUUUCCUCUGUCGGGGCCCCUCCUAACUUCCCUGGGGACCAUUUCUUGCUGGGAUGGUUGUGAUCUCACUUGGCAACCCAGUAAAGCCCAUUCCGGUGUCAUGAUUAGAAAGUCUUUACUGAAACCCACUUCCCAGAAAGUCCCUCCGAGACCUGCCCUUGGAGUCAAAUCCUCUUCCACCUGCUGUGUCUUUUAGAGUCCUCAUCUUGGAGAGAAACUCUCUUUUCCUAGUUCGGUGUUUGCUUAGCUGUGCUGCCUCCUUUUCCCUGCCGCUGGCUGUCUUCGCUUUGGCACUCUGUCUCACUACCUUCCACUCACCCUGAGGCCCUGUUCAAAGGUGGGACCCAGAACUAAGCGCAGCGUGUGUCUUCCUUGUAUGUGUGUUUCUUGUGAGUCUGCUUGUGUUUUCCUUGUGUGUUUGUGUCUUCCCUAUGGUUCCUUCUU